AUGGCGAUCUUCAGCGUGUAUGUGGUGAACAAGGCCGGCGGUUUGAUAUAUCAGUAUGACAACUACGUCCCACGGGCAGAGGCAGAGAAAACGUUCAGCUUUCCUUUAGAUUUGGUGCUAAAGAUACACGACGAGAAGGUUGUUGUAUCGUUUGGACAACGUGACGGAAUCCGGGUGGGCCACGCGGUGCUGUCCAUCAACGGCGCAGAUGUAAUUGGCAAGAACACCGCAGAUGGAAAGGACAUCAUCGAAUACUUGAAAGAGUCCUCAAACUAUCCAGUGUCUAUUCGAUUUGGGCGGGCUCGCUUGAGUUCAAACGAAAAGCUGAUGCUUGCAUCAAUGUUCCAUUCACUGUUUGCGAUUGGUUCACAGCUGUCCCCAGAAAGUGGCAGUUCAGGGAUUGAGAUGCUAGAAACGGAUGUCUUCAAACUACACUGCUUCCAGACUCUUACGGGGAUAAAGUUCAUAGUACUGGCAGACCCCCGCCAGUCUGGCAUUGAUGCGCUACUGAGGAAGAUUUAUGAGAUAUAUUCAGACUUUGCCCUCAAAAACCCCUUCUACUCUCUGGAGAUGCCUAUCAGGUGUGAACUGUUUGACCAGAACUUGAAGAGUUCAUUGGAGAUUGCAGAGAAAGCUGGUAACUUUGGACCUGGAUCCUAAACCAGAGAACACAAAACAAACUGUGACUUAUAAACUACAUAAUUAUAUGUUUGUGUCUGAAAAAAGCAUCUGUUUUGUUUUGACUUGUUUAGAAAUUGUAUUCCAGUUGCUAACAUUCUGGCUAUUGAUGGAAUUUGAUAUUGUAAAUAUGAAACAUUUUGUAAAUACUUUAAGAAUAAAAUCACUUGAAUA